AUGACGAGGCUGUUUGAUUCCAAAGUGUUUCUUUUCUUUUUAUUAACUGCAAUUUUUGCUUGGCGAGGAUCAGAAGAACGUUAUUUGCCAUUAAUAUUAGAUUUAUUAUCCAUUUGUCCUUUUUUUAAUCAAAAAAGUAUUCAAAAUCAAAAGUUGUUUCCAUCUUGCAUAAGGAUUAAUUUUCAGCCAACUUGGGAUUCAAUUGAUUCAAGACCAAUACCAACUUGGUACAGAAAUGCGAAAUUGGGCAUAUUUUGUCAUUGGGGACUUUAUUCAGUGCCAGCAUUCCACUCUGAAUGGAUGUGGUAUAAAUGGAAAGUAUCUAAUAACUCGGAUAUUAUUGAAUACAUGAAGCGGAAUUAUAAACCUGGAUUUACUUACGCUGAUUUCGCAAAAGAUUUUACUGCUCAGCACUUUAACGCUUCCAUCUUUCGAGAAAUAGCUGAAUCAUCUGGUGCAAGAUACUUUGUAUUCACUAGUAAACAUCACGAAGGAUUUACUAUGUGGCCGAGUAUUACUUCUAGAAGUUGGAAUUCAGUUGAUGUUGGCCCCCACCGAGAUAUUGUUGGUGAUUUAAAAAAUAUUUUUCGAGGAUCUUCGAUUCAUUUUGGCCUUUAUUUUUCGCAGUAUGAAUGGUUCAAUCCCUAUUACAUGGAAGAUCGUAAAUACAAAACCAGCAAUUACGUAAAGUAUGUAUCAUAUCCACAAAUGCUCGAGUUGGUAAAAAAUUAUGAGCCUGAAAUAGUUUGGAGUGAUGGUGAUUGGGAAAUGAGUGAUCAGUACUGGAAAUCAAAACAGUUUAUUGCUUGGCUCUACAAUUCAAGUCCAGUAAAUAGUACAGUUGUCGUAAAUGAUCGUUGGGGAAGUGGCAUCUCGGGAAAACAUGGUGGUUUUCUAACGUACUCAGAUCAUUUUGAUCCAGGCUAUUUGUUGGAACGGAAAUGGGAAAACUGCCUUCCACUUGAUAAGAAGUCAUGGGGAUAUCGUAGGAAUAUGAGAAGUGAUGACGUAAAUACAGUAAAUUAUCUCAUCAGUCAGCUGGUUAGAACCAUAUCUUGCAACGGAAACAUGCUGUUGAACAUUGGUCCAGAUGAAUCUGGAAUGAUACCAGCCAUUUUUGAAGAUCGACUUCAUCAGUUUGGUCAAUGGGUCAAACGUAACCAAGAAGCAAUUUAUGAUACUUAUCCUUGGAUGUAUCAGAAUGAUUCUCUUGACAUUUGGUACACCAUUAGUUCGCCGAGCGGAGGGAUGGUAAAACCUGACACAGCUUGGAUAUCACAUUCGAAGCAGUCCAAACUUUAUGCUUUUUUCCUUAAGUUUCCAGUUACAAACACUAUUACAUUGUCUUCUGUACACUAUACACCAAAAUUGACAGCUGAGGUACUGCUUGAUGCCGGCGAAACCGAAUUACUUGAAGUAAACGGAAUUUCUGGCAAUCCAGUGACUCUUAAUUUCACAAACCAUCAAAAGCUGAUUGCGUUGAAUCCAAUUGUCAUACGAAUCAGCAAUUUCGAUGCUACUUAUACUGAUCCACUGCAAAAGCGCAGGAAAGUCAAAUCUUAG